AUGGUGUCAGGGCUCUUCAGUGGAAGUGGUGCCGAACCAAAGUUGCAUCGCUCCAGUACUCCUGAAUCAAGAAAACACUCAGAGGUUGAGGACGGUACAAACCGAAUCAAAGUGAUUUGCAGAGUUAGACCGUUGACUGCCGAUGAAAAUGCCUUCCAGGAAAUGACCUCGGCAGGCAACAAUACGGUUGCGGUUUUGGGGCGAGAAUCGCCACAGAACUUUACGUUUGAUAAGGUGUUUGAUGUGAGUGCCAGCCAGUCGGACAUUUAUGAUUAUUCCAUCAAAGACACGGUGAACGAUGUGCUAAAUGGGUAUAAUGGAACCAUAUUGGCGUAUGGACAGACAGGUGCUGGUAAGUCAUACACGAUGUUGGGGCCAUCCAUUAGUGGAGAUUUAGAAAAAGGGUUGAUUCCUCGAAUCAGUGACGAGAUCUUCCAUCAGAUUAAGACUAACGGGUCUAAUGACAUCGAAUAUACCGUCAGUUUGUCGAUCAUGGAAAUAUAUUUGGAGCAGAUCAAUGAUUUUUUGGUGGCAGACAAUGUCAAGUUGUCGAUUCAUGAAGACAGAGACCAUGGUAUCUACGUCAAGGGGUUAUCUCACGCAUUCAUUUCCAAUACCGAGGAGUUAUAUAAGCUUUUGCAACUCGGGAUCAAGCACAGAGCCUCUCAUGUCACCAACAUGAAUAUGGAGAGCUCCAGAAGCCAUGCCAUAUUUCAAAUCAAAAUUGACCAGAAGAACUUGAAGGACGAGUCCAUCAAAAAGUCGAACUUGUUUUUGAUUGACUUGGCUGGCAGUGAAAAGGUCGACAAGACUGGUGCAGUUGGCCAAACGUUGAAGGAAGCUCAGAAUAUCAACAGCUCGUUGUCAGCGUUGGGGAAUGUCAUCAAUGCUUUGACCGACCACAAAUCGACUCAUAUUCCUUAUCGAGACUCGAAGUUGACUCGAAUCUUGCAAGAGUCAUUGGGUGGGAACUCUAGAACCACAUUGAUCUUGAACGUGUCACCCAGUUCCGUUAAUGAGCUUGAAACUAUAUCUACGCUCAGAUUUGGUUCGAGAGCCAAACACAUCAAGAACAGAGCUUAUAUCAACAAGGAGUUAAGUCCAGCCGAGUUGAAGUUCCGGUUGAGCCAGCUCCAAAGAGAGAAUGAGCAGAACAAGCUCUAUAUUGAGAAGUUGGAGAAUCAGUUGAAGAAUGGAGGUAGAGCAUUCACAGGCCCAGUAACGCCUUCUAAAGACUUUGAGAGCAGAAUACCUACUCUCACCAAAUCACCCAAGUCGCCUAAUUUGAACGCUGAAAAGGACCAGAAAAUCAAGCAAUUAGAGGAUGAGAUCUUGAGCUAUAAGAUCAACAACCUUAAGAUUCUGAAUGAAGAGG